AUGGGGGAAAUGGAGCAGAUGAAGCAGGAGGCUGAGCAGCUGAAGAAGCAGAUUGCGGAUGCUCGGAAAGCCUGUGCAGACACAACACUCGCUCAGAUUGUGUCUGGAGUGGAGGUUGUUGGACGCAUCCAGAUGCGGACCCGAAGGACCCUGCGGGGACACCUGGCCAAGAUCUACGCCUUGCACUGGUCCACAGACUCCAAACUUAUGGUCAGUGCCUCACAAGAUGGGAAACUGAUCGUGUGGGACACAUACACAACUAACAAGGUCCAUGCCAUCCCCUUGCGUUCCUCCUGGGUCAUGACCUGUGCCUAUGCCCCCUCCGGCAAUUUUGUGGCCUGUGGAGGCCUUGACAACAUGUGCUCCAUCUACAGCCUCAAGUCUCGCGAAGGCAGCGUCAAAGUGAGCAGGGAGCUCUCAGCCCAUACAGGAUACCUCUCCUGCUGCCGAUUUCUUGAUGACAACAAUAUUGUGACUAGCUCUGGAGAUACCACAUGCGCGCUCUGGGACAUCGAGACAGGGCAGCAGAAGACUGUGUUCAUUGGUCACACUGGAGACUGCAUGAGCUUGGCUGUCUCCCCUGACUUCAAACUCUUCAUCUCUGGGGCUUGUGAUGCUACUGCCAAACUGUGGGAUGUGCGGGAGGGCUCCUGCCGCCAGACCUUCUCCGGGCACGAGUCCGACAUCAACGCCAUCUCCUUCUUCCCCAACGGCGAGGCCAUCUGCACCGGCUCCGACGAUGCCACCUGCCGCCUCUUCGACCUGCGGGCGGACCAGGAGCUCAUCACCUACUCCCACGAGACCAUCAUCUGCGGCAUCACCUCCAUCGCCCUCUCCCGCAGCGGGCGGCUCGUGUUCGCUGGCUACGAUGACUUCAACUGCAACAUCUGGGACUCCCUGAAAGCAGAGCGUGUGGGAAUCCUUUCUGGCCACGACAACAGAGUGAGCUGCCUGGGGGUGACGGCAGAUGGGAUGGCUGUUGCCACUGGCUCCUGGGACAGUUUCCUCAAGAUUUGGAACUGA